GCGGGGCCUCCACGGACGACCUGCGGGCGCUCAGUCGGGAGAACGUGAGCCUGGACGUGGCUGCCUUCCGGCGGCUGCGGGCGGAGGUCGUGGCGGUAUGGGGGCGGAGGUCGUGGCGCCGCUGACUGUGGCCGAGGUGCGAGGCCUUCUGGGCGCACACGUGGUGGACCUGAAGGGCGCGGAGGAGGAUAGCCCGGUGCGGGACUGGGUGUUCCGGCAGCCGCAGGCCGAGCUGGACACGCUGCAGCUGGGGCUGCUGGGCGGCGUCCCCGACGGCUACCUGGUCCUGGACCUCAGCUUCGAAGAGGCCCACGCGAGGGCUCCUGCACGCCUCGGACCCGGAUGCCUGCUGGCCACCAUGCUGGCUCUGCUGCUGGCUCUGACCCCGCGCUGAGGCCACUGUCCAGCUGCCCCCCCCCCCCCGUGCACGCCCACCGUCCCUGCCCGAGCCCGCGGGACUGGAGCUAAAUAAAGUCAGGCACGACCCCGCA